CUCACCAAACCUUCUUCCCGGCCGUCCAUUGCCGUGUCCAUCAUAAAUAUUCGUGCCCUGCAACUGGACCUGCUGCAACAACUCCACUGGCUGCGUCGCUCGCCCAGACUGGUAGACGCAGCCAUAAGCGGAGCAAGCGCAGCCAUGGCCGCCGCGGCGGCGCCCUCCUUGCUCCGCCUGUCACGCCAGCUCCUGCCGCUGCGCUUGGCUCUCGCGCCGUCCAGGCCGCCGCCCGCGGCUCGCCGGCGCUGCUGCUUCUCGGUCCCGCAGCUGCAGCAACCGCACCACCGCUGGGCGACCGCUGCUCCGGUCAGGACCAGCCCCAGCUGCGAGCAGUACUCGCCAGAACAUCCACCCACCAAUCAUGGUGCUGCUGCUCCCAGCGAGGGAGAGGCGGCGGCGGGCGGCGACAAGGAGGCCGCCGCCGCGGGCGCGCAGGACGACAGGGAGGGCGCGGCUACGCCGGCUGCUCAGAAGAAACCGCGGGCGGCUGCGGCGGGAGGAAGAAGGCCAUCACCGUCCUCCACUCCCAAGAACUGCUCCGGAGGCGCCAUGCCGAGGCAAGGCAACCGCGCGGCUCCGGUGAAGCCCAAGGGGAAUAAUAAGAGAGGGCGAGGAGGGCCCGCGCCGCCCGGCGGCCCUCCGAAGGAAGGCCGCGGUGGUGGGGGAGGAAUCAUCCACGCUGCUCCUCCCUCCUCUUCGCCGCCGGCAUCGUCGUCAUAGCUUGUUAGCAAUACGGCCAAGUCUUCAGGGACGAGCGUUUGUGGUGCUCGUGCUGUUGCCGCGUGUGGCGUCAUGGCCGGGUCUUCAGGAUCGUCUGGUGGCUGCAUGCAAGGAGAUCAUGCUGAGUUUGUUGCUCGAGCGUGUGGACCAGGUUAGCUGCAUGCAAGCGUGUGGUGCUGGAGAUUGACGUGGGUGCGUUCCUGCAGGCUCCUGAUGUAUCCAUUCCAUGCUAUAUAAGUACGUUGUACUUCUUUUGGGUGAAAAAUAGAGGAAAUAAAGGGCGUUCGUCGCCACAAGUGUUUGUGCGCA